GCGUUCUGUCCGAGCUGAGUGUGUGGCCCUGAAGGCAGCGGCGGCUCGGCUCCAUUUCCUCGGCUCUUCGGCUGCUCGGCUCCUCGCGGCGGAUCCGACUCUUCUCCCCGUCAACAGCGACAUGGACGCGGCUUGAAUCCACCACGACACCGGAGACACACGCAGCACCUCGGCCUCCACCUGGACCCGGAAGAUUGUCGGUCGUUCUCCCGCAGAUCGUCUCUGGACCGACGGUGAAACACGGUGAAGAGACUACAUGUCCCAGAAUCCUCUUGUUAGAGUGAGUGACAUCUUCCUUCGUCCGUGUUUCCUCUCUCCCUCCGUCCCGUUGGUUGGAUGAAUCCCAAACACAAACAGAACUGUGAGCAGUGAUUGGGCGCUGAGCCAGAGCGGGUAGCCAACGGGGAGCCAGGCUAGCCAUCAUGGCGGACGUUGACCCUGACACGCUGCUGGAGUGGCUGCAGAUGGGUCAGGGCGAUGAGAGGGACAUGCAGCUCAUCGCUCUGGAGCAGCUCUGCAUGCUGCUGCUCAUGUCGGACAAUGUCGACCGCUGCUUCGAGACCUGUCCUCCUCGGACGUUCCUCCCGGCGCUCUGUAAGAUCUUCCUGGAUGAGAGCGCUCCAGAUAACGUGCUGGAGGUCACGGCCCGAGCCAUCACCUACUACCUGGACGUCUCGGCAGAGUGCACCCGGAGGAUCGUGGGAGUGGACGGGGCGAUCAAGGCGCUGUGCAACCGGCUGGUGGUGGUGGAGCUGAACAACAGGACCAGCAGGGACCUGGCUGAGCAGUGUGUCAAGGUGCUGGAGCUGAUCUGUACCAGGGAGUCUGGAGCCGUGUUCGAGGCCGGGGGCCUGAACUGCGUGCUGACUUUCAUCAGAGACAGCGGCCACCUGGUCCACAAGGACACUCUGCACUCUGCCAUGUCCGUGGUGUCCCGACUCUGCAGCAAGAUGGAGCCUCAGGACUCGUCCCUGGAGACCUGCGUCGAGUCCCUGUCCAGCCUCCUCAAGCACGAAGACCACCAGGUGUCAGACGGGGCCCUGCGCUGCUUCGCCUCAUUGGCCGAUAGGUUCACUCGCCGCGGCGUGGAUCCCGCCCCUUUAGCCAAACAUGGCCUGACAGAGGAGCUGCUGUCCCGCAUGGCGGCCGCCGGCGGCACCGCCACAGGCCCCGCCUCCUCCUGUAAGCCGGGCCGGACCUCGACAGGCGGCGCCCCCUCAGCCCCCGACGCUAAGCUGAGCAACCAGGUGUCGACCAUCGUCAGCCUCCUGUCCACGCUGUGCAGGGGCUCGCCGCUCGUCACACACGACCUGCUGCGUUCGGCGCUGCCCGACUCGAUGGAGUCGGCUCUGGGGGGGGACGAGCGCUGCGUGCUGGACACCAUGCGGCUGGUGGACCUGCUGCUCGUGCUGCUGUUCGAGGGACGCAAGGCGCUGCCCAAGUCCACGGCCGGGUCCACCAGUCGGAUCCCGGGCCUGCGACGCCUGGACAGCUCAGGAGAGCGGUCGCACCGACAGCUCAUCGACUGUAUCCGCAGCAAGGACACGGACGCCCUGAUCGACGCCAUCGACACCGGAGCUUUCGAGGUGAACUUCAUGGACGACGUUGGACAGACGCUGCUCAACUGGGCCUCAGCUUUCGGGACCCAGGAAAUGGUGGAGUUUCUCUGUGAAAGGGGAGCAGAUGUCAACAGAGGUCAGAGGUCAUCCUCACUACAUUACGCUGCCUGUUUCGGACGCCCACAAGUAGCCAAGACUCUUCUGCGUCAUGGUGCCAACCCUGACCUGCGAGACGAGGACGGAAAGACUCCUCUGGACAAGGCCAGGGAGCGAGGACACAGUGAGGUGGUGGCCAUCCUGCAGUCCCCUGGAGACUGGAUGUGUCCGGUGAACAAGGGCGACGACAAGAAGAAGAAAGAUGUGAACAAGGAGGAGGAGGAGGGCAGCGAGCCCAAAGGAGACCCGGAGAUGGCUCCUAUCUACCUGAAGAGACUCCUGCCGGUCUUUGCUCAAACCUUUCAGCAAACCAUGCUGCCUUCAAUCAGGAAAGCCAGUCUGGCUCUGAUCAGGAAGAUGAUUCACUACAGCAGUGACCUGCUGCUGAAGGAGGUGUGUGACAGUGAGACGGGACACAACCUGCCCACCGUGCUGGUGGAGAUCACCGCCACCGUCCUCGACCAGGAGGAUGACGACGACGGCCACCUCCUGGCUCUGCAGAUUAUACGAGACCUGGUGGACAAAGGCGGAGACGUUUUCCUGGAUCAACUGGCUCGACUGGGAGUCAUCAACAAGGUGUCCACUCUGGCAGGACCGGCGUCUGAUGACGAGAACGAGGACGAGACGAAGCCGGAGAAGGAGGAGGAGGCGCAGGAGGAUGCCAGGGAGAUCCAGCAGGGGAAGCCGUACCACUGGAGGGACUGGUCCAUCAUCAGGGGGAGGGACUGUCUCUACAUCUGGUCGGACGCUGCCGCCCUCGAACUCUCCAACGGCUCCAACGGCUGGUUCAGGUUCAUCCUGGACGGGAAGCUGGCCACCAUGUACUCCAGUGGGAGCCCGGAGGGGGGCUCCGACAGCUCUGAGUCUCGCAGCGAGUUCCUGGAGAAGCUGCAGCGGGCGAGGAGUCAGGUGAAGCCAGUGACGGCCAGUCAGCCCAUCCUGUCCAGUGUGGGCCCCACGAAGCUGACUGUGGGGAACUGGUCCCUGACCUGCCUGAAGGAAGGAGAGAUCGCCAUCCACAACUCAGACGGGCAGCAGGCCACCAUCCUGAAGGAGGACCUGCCGGGCUUCGUGUUCGAGUCCAACCGGGGAACCAAACACUCGUUCACCGCAGAGACCUCUCUAGGCUCUGAGUUUGUCACUGGCUGGACGGGGAAGCGAGGCCGGAAGCUGAAGUCCAAGCUGGAGAAGACGAAGCAGAAGGUGAAGAGCAUGGCCCGGGAGCUGUACGACGACCACUUCAAAGCUGUGGAGAGCAUGCCCCGAGGAGUGGUGGUCACCUUGAGGAACAUCUCCACACAGCUGGAGUCCGCCUGGGAGCUGCACACCAACAGACAGUGCAUUGAGGGGGAGAACACGUGGAGGGACCUGAUGAAGACGGCUCUGGAGAACCUGAUCGUGGUUCUGAAGGAUGAAAACACGAUCUCUCCCUAUGAGAUGUGCAGCAGUGGCCUGGUCCAGGCUCUGUUCACUGUCCUCAACAACAGUGUGGAGCUGGAGCUCAAACAUGAUUGUAAGCCUUUAAUGGAGAGGAUCAAUGUCUUCAAGGCGGCGUUCAGCGAGAACGAAGACGAUGAAAGCCGACCAGCUGUUGCCUUAAUCCGUAAACUGAUAGCUGUCCUGGAGUCGAUCGAGCGUCUCCCUCUGCACCUGUACGACACGCCAGGGUCCACAUACAACCUGCAGAUCUUGACGAGGAGGUUGCGUUUCCGUCUGGAGCGAGCGCCCGGAGAGACGGCUCUGAUCGACCGCACGGGACGCAUGUUGAAGAUGGAGCCUCUGGCCACGGUGGAGUCGCUGGAGCAGUACCUGCUGAAGAUGGUGGCGAAGCAGUGGUACGACUUCGAGCGCUCGUCCUUCGUCUUCGUGAGGAAGCUGAGGGAAGGUCAGACCUUCACCUUCAGACACCAACACGACUUUGACGAGAACGGCAUCAUCUACUGGGUUGGAACCAACGCCAAGACGGCGUACGAGUGGGUGAACCCCGCCGCCUACGGCCUCGUGGUGGUGACAUCAUCAGAGGGGCGGAACCUUCCCUAUGGGCGGCUGGAGGAUAUCCUGAGUCGGGAUAGCUCCGCCCUCAACUGCCACACCAAUGAUGACAAGAAUGCGUGGUUCACCGUGGACCUCGGGCUCUGGGUCAUUCCCUCAGCCUACACCCUGAGACACGCCAGGGGCUAUGGCCGCUCCGCGUUGAGGAACUGGGUGUUUCAGGUGUCGAAGGACGGUCAGAACUGGACCACGCUCUACACUCAUGUGGAUGACAGCAGCCUCAACGAACCCGGGUCGACGGCCACGUGGCCUCUGGACCCGUCCAAAGAGGAGAAGCAGGGCUGGAGACACAUCCGGAUCAAACAGAUGGGAAAGAACGCCAGUGGACAGACUCACUACCUGUCCCUGUCCGGACUGGAGCUGUACGGCACCGUCACCGCGGUCUGCGAGGACCAGCUCGGUAAAGCUGUGAAGGAGGCGGAGGCUAACCUUCGCCGGCAGCGGCGCCUCUUCCGCUCCCAGGUGAUGAAGUACAUCGUUCCCGGGGCGCGGGUCGUCCGUGGAAUCGACUGGAAGUGGAGAGACCAGGAUGGAAACCCAGCUGGAGAGGGAACGGUCACUGGAGAGGCUCACAACGGCUGGAUUGAUGUAACCUGGGAUGCUGGCGGCUCUAACUCUUACCGUAUGGGCGCUGAAGGGAAGUUUGACCUCAAGCUUGCUCCAGGGUUCGACCCUGAGUCGGCUGCCACAGCGCCGUCACCCAAACCUGUCUCAUCCACUGUUUCAGGCCCCGCCUCCUCCACGGUGGGACCCUCCGUGACGCCGGCAGCCAUCGGCGGCACCACCACCACCACCUCCUUCUCCUCGUCUUCCUCGCACCAGCAGUUGUGGAGCAGCCUGGUGAAAAAUAACUGUCCCGAUAAGGGCGGGGCCACGUCCCUGGGCGGGGCCAGCUCGUCCAGCAGGAAGGGCAGCAGCAGCUCCGUCUGCAGCGUCGCCUCCUCCUCCGACAUCAGCCUGAGCUCGUCGGCCGGGCUCCCGGGCGUGGGGGGUCCGCGGCUGGAGAGGAGGGCCGAAGGGCCGCUGCUGGACCAGGGCUCCGGAGCGGGAGGACUCACCGGCUCCGACGGACACGAGCCCAUCGUGGUCCUGUCGGCGGCGGCGGAGGGCGGAUCCGGCUCCGCCUCCAGCUCUGGAACGCUCACCGCCGACACGCCCGCCCCCGGAGACGAAGCCAGGAAUAAGGACUCGUCCGUGGCGGCCAUCGACCCGGCAGCAGCCAUCUGCAUGGGGCUGGUGAGCGUGAGCUCCCCCGACGUCAGCUCCGUGUCGGAGUCUUCCAGCAAGGACACGCCCCCCCAGAGGCCUCUGUGCUCGCUGGCUAACGCCCGGCUGUCCGUCAGCUCGCUGCUGGCCGCCGGCGCUCCCAUGAGCUCCAGCGCCAGCGUCCCCAACCUGUCGUCCCGCGAGGCCAGCUUGAUGGAGUCCUUCGUCCGCCGGGCGCCCAACAUGUCGCGCACCAACGCCACCAACAACAUGAACCUGAGCCGCAGCAGCAGCGACAACAACACCAACACACUGGGCCGCAACGUGAUGAGCACAGCCACUUCUCCUCUCAUGGGCGCUCAGAGUUUUCCUAACCUCACGUCCACCGGCACCACCUCCACCGUCACCAUGUCAACCUCCAUAGUAACCAGCAGCAAUAACGUCGCCACGGCAACCACCGGUCUGUCAGUGGGCCAGUUGCUAAGCAACACCCUGACGACCAGCCUGACGUCCACGUCCAGCGAGAGCGACACGGGUCAGGAGGCGGAGUUCUCCCUCUAUGACUUCCUGGACAGCUGUCGGGCCAACACGCUAUUGGCCGAGCUGGACGACGAGGAGGACCUCCCCGAGCCGGACGACGAUGAUGACGAGAACGAGGACGACAACCAGGAGGACCAGGAGUACGAGGAGGUCCUGGUACAGAACCCUCUUGUGUUAUGGGUUUUACACCAACAGUCACUGGGAGUGAGUUUAACCCUAACCCUGACCCGUCCGCAGGAGGAGGAGGAGUACGAGACCAAAGGAGGACGCAGGAGGACGUGGGACGACGACUUCGUCCUGAAGAGACAGUUCUCUGCUCUGGUUCCCGCCUUCGACCCCCGACCAGGAAGAACCAACGUCCAGCAGACCACCGACCUGGAGAUCCCACAGCCUGGAACUCCUCGCUCGGAGGUGCAGGAGGAGGUGGAGUGCGCCCCGUCUCCUCACCUCGCCCUCACCCUCAAGGUGGCCGGGCUGGGAACCACCAGGGAGGUGGAGCUUCCUCUGUCCAACUACAGGUCCACCAUCUUCUACUACGUCCAGCGCCUGCUGCAGUUCUCCUGCAGCGGAGCCGUGAAGACGGACAAGCUGCGACGCAUCUGGGAGCCGACGUACACGAUCAUGUACCGGGAGCUGAAGGACGCCGAUAAGGAGAAGGAGAGCGGAAAGAUGGACUUCUGUGAGCUCAGUGUCGGGGGUCGUUCUGGCGGCCUGAGCCCGAGUACAGUAUCGGCCAAUCAGAGCAGUGAGAUCCUGGGCGCGGCCCGGGAGGCGGCCCAGGCGAAGGCGGGCUGCAGCCAGAACGCCUGCGGCGUGGAGGACGUCCUGCAGCUGCUGAGGAUCCUCUACAUCAUCGGAGGAGACGCCAGCUCCAACCCCCGCUCGCUGCAGGAGGAUGUGGACGAGCUGCAGUUCAACGCGUCUCCAGAGGAGUUCACCAGUAAGAAGAUCACAACCAAGAUCCUGCAGCAGAUCGAGGAGCCUCUGGCUCUGGCCAGUGGAGCGCUGCCCGAGUGGUGUGAACAGCUGACCUCCAAGUGUCCUUUCCUCAUCCCCUUCGAAACCCGACAGCUCUACUUCACCUGCACCGCCUUCGGAGCGUCCAGGGCGAUUGUGUGGCUGCAGAACCGACGGGAGGCGACCAUGGAGCGCUCCCGGCCGUCCACCACAGUGCGGAGGGACGAUCCCGGAGAGUUCCGGGUGGGCCGUCUCAAACACGAGCGAGUGAAAGUCCCCCGUGGGGACGCCAUGAUGGAGUGGGCGGAGUCUGUCAUGCAGAUCCACGCCGACAGGAAGUCUGUGCUGGAGGUGGAGUUUCAGGGGGAGGAGGGAACCGGCCUCGGCCCGACUCUGGAGUUCUACGCUCUGGUGGCUGCAGAGUUCCAGAGGACGUCUCUGGGCGUCUGGUUGUGUGACGACGACUUCCCCGACGACGAGUCCCGACAGGUGGACCUGGGUGGAGGUCUGAAGCCUCCUGGGUUCUACGUGCAGCGCUCCUGUGGUCUGUUCGCGGCCCCGUUCCCUCAGGACAGCGAGGAGCUGGAGCGCAUCACCCAGCUGUUCCACUUCCUGGGCGUCUUCCUGGCCAAGUGCAUCCAGGACAACCGGCUGGUGGACCUGCCCGUGUCCCAGCCAUUCUUCAAGCUGCUCUGCAUGGGAGACAUCAAGUCCAACAUGAGCAAGCUGCUCUACCAGUCCCGCAGCUCGCCCCACGGCCACGACCCCGACCGGCCCUACCUGCACCCCUUCCUGCUGCUGUCCGAGGUGCAGUCCGAGGCGUCCACCGAGGACAGCCAGGAGACCUACUCCGUGGGCAGCUUCGACGAGGACUCCAAGUCCGAGUUCAUCAUGGACCCCCCCAAACCCAAACCCCCGGCCUGGUACCACGGCAUCCUGACCUGGGACGACUUCCAGCUGGUCAACCCCCACAGAGCCCGUUUCCUGAAGGAGCUCAAGGAGCUGGCGGUGAAGAGGAGGCAGAUUCUGGCGAGUAAGAGUUUAUCUGAGGACGAGAAGAACACCAGGCUGCAGGACCUGAUGCUGAGGAACCCGCUCGGCUCCGGACCCCCCCUCUGCAUCGAGGACCUCGGGUUGAACUUCCAGUUCUGUCCGUCCUCGAAGGUUCACGGUUUCUCUGCAGUGGAUCUCAAAACCAACGGAGAAGACGAGAUGGUGACCAUGGAGAACGCUGAGGAGUACGUGGAGCUGAUGUUUGAUUUCUGUAUGCACACUGGUAUCCAGAAGCAAAUGGAGGCGUUCAGAGAGGGUUUUAACCGAGUCUUUCCGAUGGAGAAGUUGAGCUCUUUCAGCCAUAAGGAGGUCCAGAUGAUCCUCUGUGGUAACCAAUCACCUUCCUGGACUUCUGAUGACAUCAUCAACUACACUGAACCAAAGCUGGGUUACACCCGAGACAGUCCCGGCUUCCUGCGGUUCGUCAGAGUUCUCUGUGGGAUGUCGUCUGACGAGAGGAAGGCCUUCCUUCAGUUCACCACCGGCUGCUCCACGCUGCCCCCUGGUGGCCUCGCCAACCUGCACCCCCGCCUCACCAUCGUCAGGAAGGUCGAUGCCACAGACUCCAGUUACCCAUCGGUCAACACGUGUGUUCACUACCUGAAGCUUCCUGAAUAUUCCUCAGAGGACAUCAUGAGGGAGCGUCUGUUGGCCGCCACCAUGGAGAAAGGCUUCCACCUGAACUGAGCGCCGCCGCCGCCCUGAGCUCCUCUCGUCUGCCGCCGCGUGACUGACAGAUCAGCUGAUCCGAGCCAGCCUGACCGCUGGAGGGGGGGGGGGGGGUCAUGCAGAUUGAAAUGAAGCUGCCUCCUCACAUCCUCAACACCUCCUUCAUCUUCAUCAGCAGCAGCACCCUCCUCCUCCUCACCCACCUGAGCUGCUGUGUGUGUGUGUGCUGACCUUCCUCCUCGUAGCUUCAGUUUUCAGUUCCUCCUCCAAACAAUCACCGCCCCGUUUCUGUUUUUAUUUUUUUGUUCUUUUGCUUUUUGUUUUGUGUGUGUGUGUGCGUGUGUGUGACAGUUUUGGGGUUGUUCCUGGCCGGCUGUAGGGGUCAGAGUGCAUUUGGUGUUUUCUUUUAUGAUGAAGCUGUAGAGACAGAAACACUGGUCGUGUGCGAGGCACAUGGAAAGAGAAGACAACGUGUCAGCUCUGCUCUCCUGUAUUUUCUUUGUAUAUUAUAAACAUUUAUUUAACUCAAGUUGCAGUUUGAGGUAAACAGAUAUUUUCAAAUGUGUAUGCUCCAAAAAAAUAAUCAUUAAAAUGUUUGCAAAGUAUGAAGUAAA